AUGGCAGGACAGACAUCCUCUUCAGACUGUUCUCAUCUCAUUGACCACAGCCACGUCCCUGAGUUUGAGGUGUCUCUUUGGAUCAAGAUCACUUUGGCAUUAGUGUAUAUCUGCAUCUUUGUUGCGGGCAUCUUGGGCAACAGCAUCACCAUCAAGGCCACCAGGAUCCUGCAGAAGAAAGGCUACUUACAGAAGGAGGUCACAGACCACAUGGUGAGCCUGGCCUGCUCUGACUUGCUGGUCAUCUUGCUGGGCAUGCCCAUGGAGUUCUUCAGUGCUAUCUGGAGGCCCUUUUCAGCCCCCAGUGGCAACAUGGCUUGCAAGCUCUACUACUUCCUCUUUGAAGCCUGCAGUUAUGCCACUGUGCUGCAUGUGGCCACUCUCAGCUUUGAGAGGUAUGUGGCCAUCUGCCACCCCUUCAAGUUCAAGGCAAUCUCUGGACCCCGCACAGUGAAGCUGCUGAUUGCCUUUGUCUGGGGGACAUCCAUCAUAGUGGCUCUGCCCCUGCCCUUUGCCAUGGGCACAGAAUAUCCUCUGGAGGCCAUCGAAGGCUACCAAGGUAUGACUGGCUGCGUCAAGCCUACACCCAGGCACCACCUCCCUGAGUUGAAGCACAAUAUGACCAUCUGUACCAGCCUCUCCUCCAAGUGGCCUGUCUUUCAAGCCAGUAUCUUCAGUGCCUUCACUGUGUACAUCCUAGUGCUGGGAUCUGUUGCCUUCAUGUGCCGCAGCAUGAUGAAAACCCUGAUGAUCCAGAAGGAAGGAACUGUGGCUGUGAAGGAUGAACUGAGACACCAGGAGCAAUACCUAAGAAAAACUGAGAGCUCAGAGGGCAAGAGCUCCAGAAGACAGAUCAUUUUAUUCCUGGGACUGAUAGUUGCAACUCUGGCAAUAUGCUGGAUGCCAAACCAGGUCCGAAGGAUCAUGGCUGCUGCUAAACCAAAGCAAGACUGGACCAUCCCGUACUUCAGAGCCUACAUCACUCUUCUUCCCAUCGCCGACAUCUUCUUCUACCUCAGCUCGGUGGUGAACCCCCUCCUGUACAACAUCUCUUCCCAGCAGUUCCGCAGUGUGUUCCUGCAGAUCCUCCGCUGCCACUUGACCAUAGAGCAUGCCAACAAGGAGAAGUUUCUCAGAGCCAACCUCAGCUCCAGAGCGAGGAGCAGCCGGUCUCUGCGCCCACUGCUCUUCAUGUCGUCCAGGCGCAAGUCUUCUACGAGGGACAACAACAACGUUUUCUUAUGUACUUUUCAGAACGAGACCAAGCCCAACUGCAGUGCACAGAAACCAGGUGUGGAACCAGGGAAGCCCAGCUUGGAAGCAGUGCUACUGGAGACUAGGUCAGAGCCCAGUCAUGAUGCACAAAACGGCCUUUGUGAACAUGAAGUAUGA